AUGUCCACACCACCCAAUCACGUUGACGUUAAUUCGUCGGAGCACUUUCAAGAGCUCAUGGGCGCGGACCUCAACCGUCUUUCGGUCAUAAACUUCUGGGCACCUUGGGCAGCGCCGUGCGAGCAGAUGAAUGCUGUUUGUCUCGAGCUUGCGAAGAAGUAUCAGGAUGUUCUUUUCCUGAAGGUGGAGGCGGAAUUACAAUCCGAAAUUUCGGAAUCGUUCGACAUCGAAGCCGUCCCAUCGUUCCUCGUCUUGCGUGGCCACGUACUGCUCGAGCGUAUAUCCGGCGCCGAUGCACCAAGACUGACAGCUACCGUCGAAAGGCAUUCCAAAAAACCCGCCGUCGUCCCUCAGUCAACGACCGACAAAGCGCCACCUGCGCCAUCGAGCAACGUUAACGGGUAUGCUGAUUAUGAAUCGCCGGAGGAACUUGAGAAGCGUUUACGCGGGUUGAUGAACCAAACCCGCAUCAUGCUCUUCAUGAAAGGCAACCCUGAUCAACCUCGAUGCGGCUUCUCAAGACGUGCCGUGGAGUUGCUGCGAGACCAAAAGGUCGAAUUCGGCAGUUUUGAUAUUCUCAGCGACGAGAGCGUUCGCUCUGGCCUCAAAAAACUUAACGACUGGCCAACCUUCCCCCAGUUUGUCGUCAACGGCGAGUUCAUCGGCGGCCUCGAUGUCGUGAAGGAGAUGGUCGAUAAUGGAGAGUGGGCCGAAAUCGCCGGAACGCAUGCGUGA